AUGGGUCUCGGCGUGUUGGAAGACCAUAAGCUGCAGCAUGUCCCUGGUACAGCAACACUCGACGACCUCGACGAACUGACAGCCGGUGCUCCUCGCCAUGCCAACGCAAAGAGAAGUAAGGACGGCACGAUCCUCGUCCCACAGCCCAGCGACGAUCCCCGCGACCCACUGAACUGGCCACUAUGGCGCCGCGACCUCAUAACCAGUAUCCUCUGUCUCCUCUCCGUCAUCGCCUCGACACUCUCACCCCUUCUCGCCGCCAACACCCUGACCUUGACGCUGUACUUCGAGCGUAGCUUCACGGACAUCGCACUUCUGACAGGCUACCAUUUACUUGGCGUAGGACUAGCAGGCUUCAUCUUCGUCGCCAGUGCAAGAGUGUGGGGCAAGAGACAUCUCUACCUUAUUGGCACAAUUGUCAUAAUCAUCAGCUCAGCAUGGGGAGGCGGAAGCGGGAAGAACUACAGAUCCCUUCUCGCCGCACGAUUCUUCCAAGGAGUCGGCCUCGCGCCCUUCGAGGCCCUAGUCAAUGCUAGCGUGGGAGACCUCUAUUACGUCCACGAGCGCGGCAAGAGAAUGGCACUGAGCAAUUUAAGUCUCUUCGGUGGCGCAUUCUUCACCCCUGUCAUUGUGGGUAAAUUGACGGACACGCUAGGCUGGCAAUGGUCCUUCUACCUCCUCGCCAUCUUCACGGCCGCCAUGCUACCAUUAGUCAUCCUCUUCGUCCCGGAAACGACUUUCGUAAGAGCCGAUCACUUCAACACGGACCUCGGCGUGCAUAACCAAACCGAAUACACCAAGACCGCUGAGAUCGAACUCCAACAACCCUCCUCCACCAGCUCCGUCCAUGCCGUCGAACCACAUUCGGGAAGUAGCAGCAUGUUCUCCAAAGCAACCCUUUCCCCCUUUAACGGCCGCCACACCAACGAAAACUUCUUCAAACUCCUCGCCCGCCCCUUCCCGCUCUUCUUCCACCCUGGCAUCCUCUGGGCCUGUCUAAUCCAAGGAACGCUUAUCGGCUGGACGGUGCUGAUCGGUAUCGUGCUCGCAGCCAUCAUGCUUGGCCCACCCCUGUGGUUCGACGAGGUGAAGACGGGGUAUAUGUACACCGGUGCCUUCAUCGGCGCUCUACUGGGCUUUGUGCUGGCUGGUGUACUGAGUGACUCAAGCGUGAAAUGGAUGACGAAACGAAAUCGUGGGAUUUAUGAACCAGAAUUCCGCCUCCUGCUCGUCAUUCCGCAGCUCAUCUUUGGCUGCGCAGGCCUUUAUGGUUUCGGCAUCACGAGUGCGAACACAUAUAAAUACGGCUGGUUCUGGCCGGACUUCUUCUUCGCGCUCGAAGUCAUGGGGAUGGUCCUUGGAGCCGUGGCUUCCGCCCUCUACAUCGUGGACGCACAUCGAGAUAUUGCUGUUGAAGGAUUCACGUGCUUGCUCGUGUUCAAGAAUAUCUUCUCGUUUGGUCUGACGUUCAGUGGAUACAAUUGGUUGGUCAAGAGCGGCAUCAAGCCCGUAUUCUUGGCUAUCAGUAGUGUGCAGGUUGUGAUAUGCUGCUUGACAGUGUUUAUGUAUGUGUUUGGCAAGAAGAACCGAUCGUUCUUUGCGCGGCAUGAUAUCUUGACUAUGUUGCAUCUACGAUAG